AUGGCCAGACUCUCAACUCUGGCAGCUCUCCUUGCAGCCCUUUUGUUCAUCGCCCAAGCCACUGCCGAACUCACCAUCGUAACCACCGACGUCGAGGACGACACCGAAAACAGGAGGCAAGACGACCGGGACUGCCGGCAGCAGCUUCAGGAACAGCAGUACCUCAACGACUGCCAGAGGUACCUGAGGCAGCAAAGCCAGCAGUCAGAGGGUUUUGAUACUUCUUCCGAAAGGGAGCAAAGGCAGCAGUGUUGCCGUCAGCUGAAGCAGCUAAGCAGGAACUGCCGAUGUGAUGGGUUGAAUGAGAUGUUGAGGCAGCUGAGGGGUCAAUUGCAGGGUCAGGAAUUGAGGGAGAUGAUGCAGAUUGCUCAGAACUUGCCUAAUGAAUGCAACAUGAAGCCCCGCAGCUGGCGAUUUGAGGACACUACUACUUUCUGCGACAAGCGGCAAAAGGAGCUGUGUUGCCAUCAGCUGAGGCAGAUGGACAGGGAUUGCCGAUGUGAAGGGUUGAACGAGAUGAUGAGGCAGCAGAGGGGUCAAUUCCAGGGUCAGGAAUUGAUCAGGGAGAUGAUGCAGAUGGCUGAGAACUUGCCUAAUGAAUGCAACCUCAGCCCCCAGCGCUGUGACAUUGAAAUGAGGCGCUCACGCUGGUUCUAG